GCUACGACAUCAACCAUAACCUUUGUUUAUCCGGAAACCCGCCCCUACAGAGACUACAGUUUGUUUACGCUGUUGUUCAAAAUGGUCCAAACUUCAACAAUUGUCACUGCUACCGUUGGCACAAUUGCCACGGGCCUCGUCGCUUAUGCCAUUUACUUCGACCACCGCCGCAGAACCGACCCAGGUUUCAGAAAGCAAUUGAAGAAAGAGUCUAAGAGACAAGCACGCGCAGCAAAGGAGGAGGCAGAGGCACACACCAACAGACAACGAGAGGCUCUGAAGGCCGUGGUAGAGGAGGCGAAGGAAGAGGGCUUCCCAGUCGAUGUGGAGGAGAAAGAGGCAUAUUUCAUGAAUGAGGUCGCGCGUGGAGAGCAAUUGGCACAAGAUGGAUCCGAUAACCUGGAAGCAGCUCUGUGCUUCUACAAGGCGCUCAAGGUCUACCCGCAGCCGUCUGACCUGAUCACCAUCUAUGACAAGACCGUCCCCAAGCCUGUACUGGACCUUCUCGCAGAAAUGAUCGCAGUUGACCCCAGCCUUCACGUUGGCCCCUUUCAAUCCGGCGGAGGAAGCGAAGGCUCCGACAACGGCAUUCCAGGGGUUGGAUUGGAUUAAAUGCCUCGAAUUCAUCACAACACCUACGACCUCUGAAGAUUCCUCAAACUCCCAGCAAGUCACCUAGGCUCCAUGCGCGUUUCAACCUGAGGUGGGAGCGCUUUGCAGCCUAGAAUCAAACGACUGGGCAUGGAUCUUUGUAUAUCAGCUGUACCUGGCGCCCUUCAUCUUUGUGUCUUAAUUAGUCUCCUACUCCCAUUUUACGAACAACGAGGUAUGAAGAUAUAUCCUGUUUAGCCUUCUGUCAAAACCAAGGGGGGGUCUUGUAUAAAUAGAGUUGGGACUUCGGUGUGGAUAGCGUAGAGUAGCUACCAAUGCGAAGUCAAUUGUUCAUCUAAAUUCAUUACCAUUUACUGGUUUACGGGAG